ACGGCGGCGGCGUGGAAUUAGGGUUGGUCGGGCGCGGGGCGCCGGUUGGCGGAGCUGGGCUGGACAGGCGGCGCAUCUCGGCGGGAUCUCAGCCCUCAAGUCCACGCUUCUCGGCGUCGGCGGGACCGGGACAGCGGCACUGUGGUAGGCGGCCAGGCCCAGCAGCAAGGAGCCAAGGAGCAGCUAUGGACAAAAGGGGAAGGCAAAGGCAACAAAGAGGAAUGAUUUGACAAGAUAUUUUGUGUCGCGUGUGAUAGUAGCUCUAAUCCAAGCACACAUCAAAGUACAAAUGUGACGGGGUACUUCAACGCCACCAUCAAAUUUCUUUUUAUGCUUUGAGAGUUCGCCCCACCUCGAUUCUGUUCUGUCCUCCGCCCAUGCUCCCAGUCCCAGUCCCAGUCCAGCUCACAAAAAGUCAACACCAACCAGGGAUGUAGUGAGGGCAUCAAUGGUGCCUUUGGUGAGCGUUGAGCUGGGCGCCUUCGAGUCCCUGCUGGUGAAGCUUAACGGCCUUCUUGACAGCGAGUAUGGCCGCCUCAAAGUAGUCCGCCGUGAGAUCCGCUACCUCGAAUCCGAGCUCAUCAGCUUGCAUGCUGAGCUGCAACGGUACACGGAUCUAGAAGAUCCUGAUGUGCAAGUGAAGCUAUGGAUAUCACUGGUGAGGGAGUUGUCGUACGACACUGAGGACGUCUUCGACGAGUUCUUGCAUAACCUUGGUAAGGGCCGAGGCCAUCGCGGCAGCCUCAAGGAGUUUUUAAGCAAGAUUGCUCUCAUUCUGGAGAAGCUUGGAGUUCGGAGCACAAUCGCUCACCAGAUCAACGACCUCAAGGUUCGCACCCAGGAAGUGAAAGAGCUCAAGGAUCGUUACAAGGUGGAUAAUAUUCGUUGCAAUGCAUCUGGCCAUACAGUAAGGGAUCCCCGGUUGUGCGCUCUCUAUGUGGAGGAGGCACACCUUGUUGGCAUUGAGGGUCCAAGAGAUGAUCUUGCCAAAUGGAUGAUGGAAGAAGAAAACAGCUCGCCCAAGCAUCGCAAGGUGUUGUGUAUUGUUGGUUUUGGUGGAUUGGGAAAGACAACACUAGCAAAUGCGGUUUAUCGCAAGGUUGAAGGGUAUUUUCAUUGUCGGGCUUUUGUAUCGGUCUCGCAAAAGCCAGAUAUAAAGAGAAUUAUCAAGAAUGUGAUCAAUCAGGUGUGUCCUUAUAUAAAAGAUAUUGAGAUCUGGGAUGAAAUUGCAGCCAUUGAAACUCUACGAGAUCUGCUAAAAUAUAAAAGGUAUCUUAUCAUCAUUGAUGACAUAUGGUCUGCAUCGGCAUGGAACGCUAUCAAGUAUGCUUUUCCAGAGAAUAAUAAUUCCAGCAGAAUCAUAGUUACGACACGCAUUGUUGAUGUAGCGAAAUCAUGUUGUUUGAGUCGUGGUGAUCGUAUGUAUGAAAUGGAAGUCCUAAGUGAUCUUUAUUCCAGAAGAUUGUUUUUCGAUAGAAUAUUUGGUUCGGAGAACUGUUGCCCUGAUGUGCUUAAAGAAGUUUCAAUUGGAAUACUGAAAAAAUGUGGAGGCCUACCUUUGGCAAUUAUUAGUAUGUCUAGUUUACUUGCUACCAGGCCAGCUGUCAAAGAAGAGUGGGAGAAGGUCAAAAGAUCAAUUGGUUCAGAACUGGAAAACAGCCGAAGUCUAGAAGGAAUGAAUCGCAUACUAUCCCUUAGCUACAAUGAUCUCCCACCUAGCCUGAAGACAUGUUUGUUAUAUUUAAGUGUAUUCCCCGAGGAUUAUGUGAUUGAGCGAGAGAGGCUAGUGAGGCGAUGGAUAGCAGAAGGCUUUAUUUCUCAAGAGCAUGAUCAAAGCCAAGAAGAGAUAGCUGAGAGAUACUUUUAUGAGCUUAUCAACAAAAAUAUAGUCCAGCCGAUAGACAUUGGCUAUGAUGGUAAGGCUCAUGCCUGCCGAGUUCCUUAUGUGAUGCUUGAAAUUAUUACUUUAAAGUCAGCUGAAGAUAAUUUCAUGACGGUGGUAGGCGGUGGCCAAAGGAAUAUGGCAAAUCGUCAUGGUUUUAUUCGGCGAUUAUCAAUCCAGCACAUUGACCAGGAGUUGGCAUCUGCAUUGGCAAAGGAAGAUUUAAGCCAUGUGCGAUCUCUAACAAUAACAUCAUCAUGUAGCAUGAAACACUUGCCUAGUCUUGCUGAAUUUAAAGCUUUACGUGUACUAGAUUUUGAAGGUUGCCAGGGUUUGGAGGGGUAUGUUAUGAACAAUAUGGACAAAUUGUUCAAACUAAAGUACCUCGGCCUUAGAGACACGGGCAUAUCAAAACUACCACCGGGGAUUUUGAUGCUAGUUGAUCUAGAGACUAUAGAUCUUAGGGGAACAAGUGUGCAUGAGUUGACAUCUGGAAUUGUUCAGCUCCGUAAAUUACAACACCUAUUUGUUGCAGCAAGAACAGAGAUACCAAAGGGAAUUGGAGAUAUGAGGAACUUACGGGUGAUGUCUUGUUUUAGUGUUACCAGCAGUACAGCUGAUGCGCUGGAGGAACUCAAGAACCUAACCAGUUUGGACAAACUCUCUGUAUUUUUUGAGAGUGAAGGAUCCAACGAAUGUAAGCAGCAUGAAGAGAUGUUACUCUCCUCGCUAGGUAAGCUUGGCACCUGCAGACUGUCUUUAUGGACACACAAGUGGCGUGGUUCCCUUGAGUUCUUAGAUUCUUGGACCCCUCUGCCAUCUUCCCUUGAAAAUUUCCGUAUGUCCGGUGGCUGCUAUUUCAUGAAUAUUCCGAAAUGGAUUUCAACAUUACCCCGCAAUCUUGCUUACCUGGAGAUCAGCUUAACUGAAUCAAGGGAGGAGGAUCUGCACACACUUGGUAAGCUACCGGCUUUACUGUAUCUGAAACUGUCAUUCAUAGCAGACCCAAUUGAAAGGAUUACAGUCCAAGGCACUAGUGGAUUCCUAUCUCUGAAGGAGUUUGUCAUCUAUAGUGUGGCUGGGGCAUACGUUAACUUCAUGGAAGGGGCUAUGCCAAGUCUUGAGAAGCUUAAUGUGCGAUUACAUGUGUCUCUGGCAAAAAACUAUGGCUUCAAUUUAGGCAUUCAGCAUCUUCCAUAUCUCAAAGAAGCAGUAGUGAGUCUUUACAAAGUCGAUGUAACGCCUUCCGAAAUCAAUGCUGCAGCUGCUGCCAUCAGGAACGAAGCACGUGAUCACUCCAACCGUCCCACAAUUGAUAUUUCUGGGGAAUCCUAUGAAAAGCACAAUGAAGAGAUCGGUAGUUAUGUGGCAGAGAUCAAGGAAGUUGGUGAAACUUCUGGGAGUUCAUCGUUCUCCGGAUGAAAUUAAUCGUUUUCAUCAUCAACUGCAAGAGGAUGAUCGAGGUGCUUGGAGUGUCAUGCUGAAGGAGGCCUGAUUGAAACUACUGUUCCUUGUACUACUUUCAGAAGAGCAUAAAAAUGGUCACGUCCAAAAAGAGUGCUCUCAGUUGUUACAUGCGGAGUAUGCUACUUAAUUACUUUGUUUGAUUAUUUUGUUAUUACUACUUUUGUACUAUUAAGACUUGAAAUCUAGGGUCAUCCUGGGCUGUGGAUUAUGUUUUCCAUUGAACACUUGUAUUAUGAUCAGAUUGCAUGUAUCAUGAGGAGACGUAUAUGUGCAGUACUAUUAUGCAUUACUUUGUGCUGGAACUGUUGGUGCUGCUACAUAUAAUUUCUGGUUUCAGACGGGUGUA